UUUUUCAAUUAAACGCACCCGUAUUUACGUUUAUAGGCUGGCAAAAGAGACUGAACCUCAAACCAAAAACCCCUAAUCUCCAUUUCCAGGGUUUCUGAUUAUUGAUUUUUGGGGAGAAAGCAAGGUGAAAGCAGAGAUGAAGGUUUUUGAAAUCCAUGGCAACACUCUCUCGCUUGCCCUCUUCAUUGACGUCACCAACUCUAAGGAACUUAAAGAAUCCAUGCAAGCUGGGAAACUGAACCCUGAAGUUUAAUUUCUUAAUUCAUCACUUGUAUGAAUUCCUGAGUUUUCUAUUUUAUGUUUCUAGCCGAUUUAAUUUUGAUCUUGAAUCGAUUCGUAUGGUUUUCUCUAGUAUCUCAUGUAUUGAUGAUCUUUCGACAGAUUCCAGAUGUUUUCCCUGUUCUAGUUGCAGCAUGUUAGGCGCUUAUUCCAGUGCAUUCUAAGCUUGUUUACAAUUACUUGGUAUCUAAAUUACAGAGUCCUUGAAAAGAUGCGGUAUCUCUGAUGAUUUGAGUUAUGUCCUCGCUGCUCGAUUUAAUGCUUCUCGUAAUGAGUUGGUACCAUAUCAUAUAUAUACAUGUUUUGCUUGUCGCAAUUCACUAUUUCUAUCUUCGACUAUAUCCCGCAUAUUCGACGUUAAUGUUACAUUAAGAGUUUCUGAUAAAUGAAAGCUGUGAAGAAACUUAUCGAUGGUAAAGAGAUUGGUUUAGAAGAGUUGGAAGGAAGAGCAGACCAAGCUCAGAUACUAAAGCACUACAAAAUAUUCGGCCCUGAGCUAGUAAUAUCCACUAUUGCAGAUGCCAUAACAUGUUGUGUUGCUGCUCGGGAUGCUCUACAAGAAUGGUCAACCAUUGUCUUUUAUCUUUACACUUUUGUUGUUUUACUCACUUCUUAUGCUUCCCAUUGUCUUUCAUUAAUAGAGAUUAGUUUGUUCUGCUUACGAUAUAGAUUGGGGCAGCAUUGCUUCUCGGUCAAUGUUGCCAAAGAUAUGCAAAUGCCAAGGUAAUUAUGGUUUAAACAAUGCUGUUUUAGAAUAGAGGCAAUGGCAAUUGAAAUUACCUGGAAAUUGAGGCCUUGUAACACUAUUAUAUUUGGAUUUUGGUGCUACAUAUAUAUAUAUAAUUUUACAGGAAUUUUUUUCCAAAUUAAAGCUACAAUCUAGUGCUUCAUUUUAUUCAUAAUACAUGCAAUUAUAAAACAGGCAAUUUAUUUUUCAAAGUGCCAAAGUCCAGCCUAUAUAAAAUGUCGGUCAAAUUGUGAUUUUGAUACUUCUAUUGUGCUCAAGAUUUUAAUGUUAUUAUCGGCAUAACCAACGGCUUUAAUUACUUAGAUUAAUGAUAGAGGGUUAAAUUAAAAUAUAAGGACUGAAUCAUAAAUUUGAGCAUGGUAGAGGGAUCAGCACCAGAAUUUGACCCAAAAUGGUAACUGAAACCACCUUUUUCUGAAAUGGGUAGUGGUUUGAAAAUUUUGGUGGUUUAACCUCUCUCUGAAAUCAUUUCUGCAAAUCAUUUGAAUCUGAAAAUGGGCACUUCUCAAAGCCGUGAAGAUGGCAUCAUAGAUUCAGAUUGUGAAGAAGAAGAAGAAGAAGCUGAGGAGCAAUACGACGACGCUUUAGGCGAUCACCAGAAAUCCAGAUCUUCUUCAGGUAUCCACAAAGGCCUUGAUGAAAUUGAUGCUAAACUCAAAUCCCUGAAACUGAAAUACAGUUCUUCCCAACAACAGGGAAACCCCAAUCUGAAAAACCCAGUAAAGCUCUAUCUUCACAUCGGAGGAAACACCCCCAAAGCCAAAUGGGUAAUCUCUGAGAGGCUCACUUCGUAUAAUUUCGUCAAAACAGCUAAAACCGACGGCAACGAUGAUGGACUGGACGGUGCAGGGUGGGUUUUGGAAGUGGGGUCUAAAGUUAGGGUUCGGGUUUCAACUGAAAUGCAAUUGAAAAUGUUUGGGGAUCAAAGAAGAGUUGAUUUCGUUGAUAAAGCUGUUUGGGCUUUGAAGUUUUUGAGUGAUUAUGAGUACAGGAAUUUCGGUACCCUGUUUCAGAAUUGUUUGUUUGAGAAUGUUUAUGGCAUGGAAGCUAGUGAGGAAAACAAGGUCAAGGUUUAUGGGAAGGAGUUUAUCGGAUGGGUGAAACCUGAGGUAGCAGAUGAUUCUAUGUGGGAAGAUGCAAAGGAUCAUAGCACGGAUUCGACUCUGUUAAAAGGGAGUCAAGGAUCGAUGGAGGAGCUCGAGGAAGCUGCGAAUGGAGGUGUUCAAAGUUUGGCUUUAGGUGCAUUGGAUAAUAGUUUCUUGGUAAAUGAUAUUGGUGUCCAUGUUUAUAGGAACCUUAACCGUGGGAUUAAUGGGAAAGGUAUUCGUGUUAAGUAUGAUAGUGGGGGGAAUGCGUCGAAUUUGACCCCAAAAAAGGCACUGUUGAUGAGAGCCGAGACGAAUAAGAUGCUUAUGAGUCCGGCCAACAAAGGGAAGCCUAAUGCUACUGGCCUUAAGCAAGUCGAUAUCGAGACUGGGAAGACUGUUACAGAAUGGAAGUUCGAGAUAGAUGGGACCGAUAUCAGGAUGAAGGAUAUUACAAAUGAUGCCAAAGGGUCACAAUUGGAUCCCUCUGAAUCUACAUUUUUAGGAUUGGAUGAUAAUAUAUUAUGCCAAUGGGAUAUGAGAGAUAAGAAAGGGAGGGUCCAAGAUAGUGCCACAAGUGGUUCACCUGUAUUGCAUUGGACACAAGGACACCAGUUCACGAGAGGGACGAAUUUUCAGUGCUUUGCUAGUACUGGUGCCGGAUCGAUUGUGGUCGGGUCACUUGAUGGGAAGAUCAGGUUGUAUUCGACUUCAAUGAGGCAAGCCAAAACCGCUUUUCCGGGACUCGGUUCUCCAAUCACUGACGUAGACGUUACCUAUGAUGGGAAGUGGGUGUUGGGCACAACUGAUACAUACCUGAUCCUCAUUUGCUCUUUGUUUACAGAUAAAGACGGGAAGACGAAAACCGGGUUUACCGGUAGAAUGGGGAACCAAAUCCCGGCACCCAGAUUGUUGAAGUUGACACCUCUGGACUCACAUUUAGCCGGGAAUGACAACAAAUUUCACGGUGGCCAUUUCUCUUGGGUGACCGAAAAUGGUAAACAAGAGCGUCACGUAGUCGCGACUGUGGGCAAGUUCAGUGUGGUAUGGGAUUUCCAUCAAGUGAAGAACACUAGCCAUGGAUGCUACAGGAAUCAGCAGGGCCUAAAGAGCUGUUAUUGCUACAAGAUUGUGUUGAAGGAUGAGUCUAUCGUAGAGAGUCGUUUCAUGCACGACAAAUAUGCCGGUAGUGACUCGCCAGAAGCUCCACUCGUUGUGGCAACACCCUUGAAAGUCAGCUCGAUCAGCCUCUCCACUCGUUUUGUUGGUUCUUGUUGAAUGAAAUUUUAUUUGCUUUGUUCUCUAUAGGAUUUAUAUAAUCAUAUUGCUAAAUGAUUUGUUCCAUUGGUGUUGUUUUUAGAAGUGUAUAUGAAUUGGUUCGAAAUAUGAGUUUUAAAUUGUUUAAACUCAUUUAGAUUUAAAUAUAUAAUAUUAUAUAA